AUGGAGGACCUCAAAGUCGCGCAGGACGUCCUCAGCGAGGUGCUGAGCGGCCGCAUUCCCGAAUGGUCCGUCAUCACGCUGCUGGCCACCAGGAUGAUUGGAUACUGCAUAAUGGUGGCUGCUGCUGUCACGAAAGUUCCCCAGAUACUGGCUGUUAUUAGGAACAAGAGUGCAGAGGGAUUGAGUGUGAUUUCGUUUGAACUUGAGCUCCUGGGCACGGCAUUGCAUAUGUCAUAUGGUUACGCGCACAACCUGCCCAUCAGUGCUUAUGGCGAGGCCAUCGUGAUGUUCAUCCAGAGUGUCGUUCUGAACACGGCGAUCUACAACUAUGCGAAAACACCGACGAUCCGGCCUACAGUUAUUUAUUUGGCAAUGGGCUAUGGGCUGGCAUUUGUGUUGAGAG